AUGUUCUUCUUCUUCUUCCCCUACCUUGUUUGUAUGUUUCUUCCCUUGUUUACACCAUCUCUCUCUUUCUCCUUCAUCUUCAAUGGCUUCAAAACCCCAAACCCGCACAAUAUAACCAUCAACGGAGCUGCUGACAUCACUCCCACUGGCAUUCUCAAGCUCACCAAUGAUACCUCCCGGUUAAUGGGUCACGGGUUUUACCCGGAUCCGAUCCGUUUCAAAGACCCCACCACCAAAAAACCCAUCUCCUUCUCUACCUCUUUUGUGUUGGCCAUCUUGCCGGGGUACAAAAACCCUGGCGGCCAUGGACUGGCGUUCACCGUCUCUCCGGCGAAAGACUUCGCCGGAGCUCAGCCCAAUCAGUACCUUGGAAUCCUUAACGUCAUCAACAACAGGAACACAUCAAACCACCUAUUCGCGGUGGAAUUCGAUACCGUUCUUGAUUUGGAAUUUGGUGAUAUUAAUGAUAAUCAUGUUGGAGUCAACAUUAACUCCAUGUCAUCCAAGAACUCCACAAAAGCCGGAUUUUUUAUCGAUGGGAAUUCAACAAAACAAGAUGUUGAUUUAGAAAGUGGGAAAAAGAUUCAAGCAUGGGUGGAUUAUGAUGGUUUAAAAUCCCAACUAAAUGUCACUCUUUCACUAUAUUCACAAAAACCCAAUACCCCAAUCUUGUCUAUACCAUUAAACCUCGAAUCGGUUUUUCAUGAUUUCAUGUACGUCGGGUUUUCGGCAUCCACGGGUGUCCUCGCGAGCUCUCAUUAUAUAUUCGGUUGGAGCUUUAACACAAGUGGAAAAGCUCAAUCUUUUGAUCUUAAUAGUCUCCCUUCAAUACCAAAAGCUAAAAAGAAUCACAAAAGUUUCAUAAUUGGUGUUUCUAUAGCCGCCUUUUUAACUCUUGUAAUCGUUGCCAUUGUUGGUGUGAUCAAGAAAAUGAAGAACAAAGAUGAAAUUGAGGAAUGGGAGCUUGAUGUGGGCCCGCAUCGGUAUUCCUACAAGGAGUUAAACCGGGCCACGAAAGGGUUUAGAGAAGAGGAACUACUCGGAUUUGGUGGAUUUGGGAGUGUAUACAAAGGGGUUUUGUGUAAUUUGCCUGAUUCAAAAACCCUUGUAGUGGCGGUUAAGCGGAUUUCGAAUGAAUCAAAACACGGGAUGAGAGCGUUUGUGUCCGAGAUUUCAACAAUCGGUCGACUCCGUCAUCGGAAUUUGGUUCAGUUGUUAGGUUGGUGUAGAAAGAGAGAUGAUUUGUUGCUUGUAUAUGAGUUCAUGGCAAAUGGUAGCUUAGACAAGUAUAUAUAUGAUGAUCCAAUAAUUACUUUAAAUUGGGAACAAAGAUUUAAAAUCAUAAAGGAUGUAGCGCGUGGAUUAUUAUACUUGCAUGAAGAGUGGCAGCAAACAGUGCUCCAUAGAGACAUAAAAGCAGGUAACGUGUUGUUGGAUUCCGAGUUAAACGGGCAUUUAGGUGAUUUCGGUUUGGCAAAAUUAUGUGAGCACGGGUCAAACACGAGCACGACUAAAGUUGUGGGGACAUUAGGUUAUUUGGCUCCUGAGUUGACUCGGACGGGUAAGCCGACCACAAACUCAGAUGUGUUUGCUUUUGGGGCUUUGUUGUUGGAAGUGGUUUGUGGGAGGAGACCUACUGAGCCAAAGGCGUUGCCUGAGGAGCUUAUUUUGGUGGACUGGGUGUGGGACAAGUGGAGACAAGGGGUGGUUUUAGAGGUGGUUGAUAAAAGGUUGAAAGGGGAGUUUGAUGAGGUGGAGGUUUUGGUGGUUGUAAAGCUAGGGCUGAUGUGUUCAAGUAACGCCCCGUCAGCACGACCUCCUAUGAGGCAGAUUGUUAAGUAUUUGGAAGGGGAGGUGCCCUUGCCGGAAAAUUUAGCUCCACCCUGUGAUGGUGGUGACAAGGGUAGUUAUGGAAUAGAGUUUGAAGAUUAUGUGCAUUCUUAUCCAUCUUCAUCUGCUUUAGACAAUGUAAGCAAUGGGUCAGUGAGAAGUGACAACUGA